AUGAGUAUCUUCGGGUCCAGAGCGCCUACCCAGCACCCAGUAAACCCUUUGGAUGGCCACAAAAAGUACAUGGGUUCAUCGGCAGGUGGCUCUCAUAAGGAUGAGUCCACCUCCCAAGAAUGUUCUGGAGCUGAACCGGUUGAAGGAGCGAUCAUUCACUGGAUUGGUGAGGAUUUUAGGGACUCGGAGAUUGUCCUCGCCCACCUUGCUGACCUCACAAUAUGGCAAUUUAGCAAUGAGGAUGCCAGACUCCAAUACUAUAGGACUCAUCAAUUCACUGAUGUGAGCUCGCGAGUGCAGUGCCACGCCGGCACCUUGGAAGCCCAUGAGGAAGCAUAUUAUGGGGCUGAUAUUUUGCACCAAGACGGCGCUUGGCAAAUCAUGUCAGCAGUGCUAUUGCUUGAUCCAACGAAGCAUCAGGACUUUGAAGACAACCUCGAGUCCUUUCUUCAUCUUCGAUCAACCUUUGACGAAGUACACAAGAAGAACGCAAGAAACACAUAUCUCCUGGUGUAUGCCGGCACACUACUAGGGAAUAACGCAGUCAAGGUGGCAGUCAUCACUGCUGAGCAAACAAUCAAUAGAGCAUUCGAGCCUCUAGCCCAAAUGAAGGGUUUGCUUCCUUCUGUCCUUGCAUUGCAGGCCGCUUCUUCCAAUAUUGAACUUUUGCUGCUUUGUUCCAUACAGUGGACAGCAUUUGAGGAUAGAAUGGAUGAUACUGUGCUGGAACAUGCUACCAUUAUAUUGCAAGACAGUCUUGACCGAGUCAUUGAGUACCAGAGUCUAGAGGUAUCGAUAAUGAACCAGGACACCAGGGUCGCUUGGUUAAGCGAUUACAAGGGACUUCUCGACCAGGUUUACGAUGCCAUCAUAAAACUGCUCACCUCAGAUUGGAUGAUGCCAGAUGAGACAGGAGAUCGUCAUUCCCGCAAGCUAACUCAGGUUUGGCAGAUAUAUGUCCCUGAACUUAUACUGCAACUGCAUAUCAUGCUCUGCACCUCUCGAGAGAAUCUGAAGCGUGUAUUGGAGCUUGUCAACAUUGUUGUGGAUUCGAGGUACAAGCUGUAUGAUGAUUUCUUGCAUCUCAAUGGCCAAAGGCUUGGGGAGUACCUUGGCACUGUUUGCUGGGCGAUGAUAACUGGGUUGGAAGGGGUGGAUCGGAUCCUUUCAAAAUUAUUCUAUCAUAAUCAAACAUUUUCUACACAUUUGUUCCCUAUGUUUAUGUGA